CUAACCCUAAACUGUGUCUAAGUGGCUCCGCGGACAGGCAGGGUGUUUACACUGAGGCUGCACAGCUCACUUCACACACAGGGAGUUGUCUCGCUGCUGAUGCUGGGGAGAUCAAUCCUUUAUCUCCCAUCUUCUCUGAUCGCCAUCUCCUCCUCUCCCCCUCUCCUUUGCGCAUCUGAGUCUUCACCGGUGGUAUCCUGGACGCGCUGGAUGGCUGGUGCACUUAGCGAGCCGGCGUGAAUCUUUUUUCCCAUCAUCAUCAUCAUUACUCAUCUUUCUCUGCCCUUUGAGCCUGAAAACAAACCAGCAACUGCAACAACAAUGACAGACCCUGCCGGCCAAGAGUCCUACCCCAUCCCAGACCCGACUAUAGUGGAUCCCUGCCCGGCUACGGUGCGGAACGGCCAGUGCGCCCCAGAUGGCUUCACCAACAACCACCACCAGCAAGCCAAAGCCCCCGGGCAGCCCGAGACGUUCACCACGGGCCAGGAGAUGAAAAUCACUGACAGUGUGGAGGGAGAAGGUCUCCUGGAGAGCAGCAUGCGCCUGAAGCCACAUGAGGCUCAGAGCUACAGGAAGAAGGCGCUCUGGGUCUCCUGGGUCUCUAUCGUGGUCACACUCAUACUGGCUGUGGCGGCUUUCACUGUAUCAUUCAUGAGACACAGCGCAUCAGCCUUUGGAUUUGCCUUUAAUGCCUCGCUGGACGUCCUGUCAUCACUCAUUGUCCUCUGGCGCUACUUCAAUGCAGCAGCUGUACACUCGGCACACAGAGAGUACAUAGCAUGUGUCGUGCUGGGGGUCGUGUUCGUUCUCUCCUCCCUGUGCAUCCUGGGAAAGGCCAUCCACGACCUGGCUACCCACAUGCCCCCUGAAGUGGACGACUUCCUCUACAGUGUGUCUAUAGUGAGCGGACUCACAUGUGCUGUGCUGGCUGUGGCCAAGUUCAUGCUGGGAAGAGUGCUGACUAGUCGGGCACUUAUCACGGACGGGUUUAACUCUAUGGUCGGUUCUAUCAUGGGAUUUUCCAUUCUGAUCAGCGCCGAAGUCUUCAAGCACCAUGCUGACGUCUGGUUUCUGGAUGGCACCAUGGGAGUUCUCAUAGGACUCAUCAUCUUAGCAUAUGGCAUCAAGCUCCUGAAGGACAUGGUACCCCGUGUGAGACAGACGAGAAACUACGAACGCUUUGAGUGAGAGUGUGUGUUGAAUGGAUGAGAAAGAUCAAACACACCCACACACCUGGCUGCCUCCUGCCCUCCGCCCUCUUCUCUCUGUCUUUCAUACACACCGUAACACACAUUUCACCUGCAUAUGCAGCACAUACAGACUCUAAACAUGUCCUCAUAUACACAAAUAUAUACGCACAUGCUGUAUAUAGUAUACUGUAUAUAGUGCAUUCAUACAUUCAGACAUAAACACACACACACACACACACACACACACAUGCAUGCACACACAAACAUCUGAGAGACUUUGAGGGAAAAGGAUGUGAUUGAAGACCACAUCCUGGAGAGAAAGAACUUCAAGUAACUUUUACUUUUUAUUUCUUGAAACCACCAGUUUAAAAAUUGCACCUAGAAUAAGGAAAAGGCCCAAGAUCUGAGACUCCUGUGUACCAACAGGAGCUUUGGAUUUGUUCGACCUGGAGUUACAGUAGUUGCUGUUUAGAUGACACCCUUCACAUCAUCACAGUUUACACACUGCAAGGGACGACUGUAUAUUGAUUUGUCCUCAAGGGUUCAGCUAUUGUCUAGUUGCUUUCAAUAUUAAGAAAAAAACCAAAUGGUGUAGAUUUUAUUUAACACCCUUAAAACCCAGGGUGGAGCGAGGGGUAGAGGUGGGGUUAGACCAAAAACUAAUUGAGAAAAAGCUUGUACCUGUAAUGCCAAAAUGCAUGCACAAGGCUGAAUAAUUAAUAAUUGAAUGGUGCUUUUUUAGCUUAUUGUUAUAACAGAACAGUAAAAAAAAAACAGUCAUUUUGGUUCAACCCUAACCCUGGGUUUUAAUAAGUUAAAUGAAGCCUACGCACAACAAAUACACAAUUUUAAUGUAAUUUAGGUAACAAAACAUACAACUAACAUUGAACGACUUUCUUUUACUUAUUUAUUUUGAAUUAUUAUUUCCUAAAUCGGAGUUCCUGUCAAAACCUCCUCUCUUCAAAGCAGCCACUUCACAUCCAGAUUUGUUGCUUAGAGAGGAAGAGAGGAGAUGGAAAGCACAGAAAAGGGGACUUAGACAGAGAGCAUAUGAGUAGUACUGAGUCAGCAAACACUGCUUUGUCCAAAAGGUGAAAUGCAUCAGCAAGACAGUGAGGUCAGCCUUGAUCUAGAUACUCUAAAAGCAAACAACAGUUAAGAGCACAGGAGACACUGAGGACAAACAUUUGCCAUAUGAAGGCUAUAAAACCUAAGUGCACAAGUGAUUUAUGUACAUUGCCGAGCGUACUGUACUGUGCGUAAUGUAUCCAAGCACAAAUUAGACACAUUUUCCUUCAUCCUUUAGCGUUUGUUGCUGACAGUUUAGCACAAUGUCAGAUUUAACAUAAUGGGUAAUCUUAGGAACUAUACGAGGGUAUUUAGCCUGUUUUGUCUUAACUGCUGUAUCUGACAUUCAUCGCCAUAUAUUGUACAUGUCUUUUGUUUACAAAUACAUACCUUACUGUGACAAAGUAAAAUUUGAAGAGGCAAUAGCAACCAGGUGAAGAAUAGUAAUAAAAUCCAAGUUUUUUUAUAAGGGUCAAAUGGGAAAAAAACACAUCAAUAUUUAUCUUUCUUUUUUUUUUGUAACACUAUCACACUUCAAUGAUGAAAAGGUGUGAUAUCACUUAACUCUGCAGGAAAGUCUCUGGUACCAUUUUGCUUUACUAUGAAUAUAUAUCAUUAUUUUUUUCUCUAUGGAAUGUCAGACUGAAUCCAGUUGGGAUAUUUAUUACUUAUUAAUAUUAAUAUAUUUUUUGUGUGUUUUGACUGCAAAGUUCAUGUGCAAAGCUGGAAAAGACAAAGUCUCAAAACCUAAGAUGAACCCAAGCACAAUGACGAAGACAAAGCAGUCUGUGGGAAUAUCAUUUUCAUUGCAUAUCAUUUACAGAGACAAAGUUUUCUCCUGUGUCUACUCAUCUGUUCUGCGUGUUUCCACUGUUAUCAUUCAUUAUUAUGUGCAAUGAACAGAAUGUAAAUACAAACCACACAGUUUGUAAAUAUGUUUAUUACACUGUUCGGGUGCAUCAGUAAGAAAAGUCACAAAUAUAGUCGUAGUACUUUAUGGCCGACAUAAUAGGCUUUUUGGAGUAGACAGCAUAUAGUUUAAGUACAGGAUGAUCAGUGUUGCAUAUAGUUAAAAAUGUUUACUCUAUAGUGCUUAUACUGUAAAUGUUGUUUUACAUAUUACUGUAGAUUAUUGGUGAAAUUAAAUGAUAAGUCUUACUGUAAAUUGUUUGCACUGUAAGUGAAAAUCUCAGAGUGGAUGUAGGUGGGAUCUGUCCGAGGCUUCUUUAUCAUUCAUUAGAAGCUGUGAAAACGUGAACUGAGCAAAAUAAUUAUUUUACAUGUUGAAACGGGUCAGCAACAAUUUUGCAGAAGCCUUAAAAGGCAAGUGAGAAAUCUGGUGAUCUAUUUUCCAGGACAUUUGUUUGAAAAUUAUUUUAUUUGUGAAACAGUGGGGGAAAAAAGUUUCAGGAUUAGUUUUUGUGUUUGUUAAUUAUAAAGUUAUAUAUAUAUUAAGACACACGUUUUGCCACGUUUUGGGUUUUUUGUCAGCAUUUUUCUUCUUUCUAUUAUUUAUUAUUAUAAGUGGUUGUUGUAAUACUCAUUUCAGCUGAAGUACAUAUACCCUGUGUUUACUGUGUAUAGGGAAAUUAAAACUCAGCUGGAAGAAAACAUGAAUGUUUUUAGUCCUAUUUAGAACAUGGGGGUGUGGUGAACUUCAGCCUCUUGUGGCCGAAAUUAGUAUUACAACAACAAACGCCUAGAAAAAUGACCCUGACAAAUAACUAUGACAAAUGACUAAUGUUUUCACCUGGCAAAACCUGUUUUCCAUCAGUGAAACAGGUGGAAAAAAAUCGAAUCUUUGAAAGUUUAUCCUCAUAAAAGUUUGUAUUUAUUUAUUCAUUUUUUUUAUCAGUUCUUAAGUUUAGAAAGCUCUGAAGAAAAUUAAAUCACCAGAACUUGUUUUUCCUAGUUGCCUCUCAGGGCUUCCAAAUAAUUUACCUGCUGGCACAAUUCAGUAUUUUACUGAUCUCUACUGAUAUUUUACUGAUUUUACUGAUCUUUAGUGGGUGUCACAAGUUCAGACAUGAAAUCACCCAGAACAUUUUCAGAGAAAUGUUUAAGAUGUAAACAGUCAAGAAUUAUAUAGAUUCAAUGAAAUUGAAAGAAAUUACUUCUUAAAAUCAGCAAAUUGAUUUACGAAACCAAGUUCAGUUCGUAGAUUAGAUAGAUUUCACAGACGUUUUUUAGAUGAAUUAAAUUGGAAAUACAUUUCUAUAAAUAAUGAAUUGACCCUGUUUUAUGCACAAACACAAACAGUUUAUAAAUCAUCUUGCAAUCAUGGACCAAAAAUAAGUAAACUGCACACUGCACAUGACAGUGGCCUGGUUUCUUUCUCUAAAUAUGGAUCCAGAGUGCUUGUGUGCCCCCUUGUGGUAAAAGAGUACAUGACAAGAGAUUUAAUUAGUAUUCAGUGCAGUGGAUCCAAGGGAGAGUCUAAAUUUAUCCCAGGCUGAAGACAGAAACAGAAACACAGCCUUGGACCACUGGCCUGAGGUUGCCUACAUCCACUCUCAGUUGACAUACUGGUCAAGGUGCAAAACUCUUGGUAUUAUCUUUAGUUUCAUUGUGUGACAAAUAAGGAUUAGCUAUAAACUGAAGGUGUGAAUCAGCUCACACCCCUUCAACUCACCAACAGCACACUGAUUUGUAAUGUUUCCCCUCUGAUGCAUAGAAGACAAUCUUUACAAUGACUUUUUUCCUAGCAAAGCACAGUGUUUACAUGCUAAUAACCACCACAUAAGGCACAGAACAAACUCAUACUAACUUAGUGACAGUAUGCUUUACUCGCUCUAUUGCUUAUACAGUAUUGUGUUUGGAUAAACUGGAGACUCUUUUGAUCUUGGCAACGAAAUCGUUUCUACCUCUCUUUGCACUUUGUUUUAUUUCCAUGCAACUUUCAUGCUAGAUAGAGUUCAGGCCGGGUGCCGGGGUCGUGGCCCUGACUACUCAUACACUGCUUAGUAAUGGGUGAUCUUUGAAGCUGUUGCACUUGCUGUGAAUCACUGGUUCGGUGCAGCAGCUGGAUACCAAAAUAAAUAGUAUAACUGUUAUUCUACGAUCACCAGAGUUGCAGUUGCAUUUCAUUCAUCUAUAACGUGGUUUCUCCAAUGCCCGAUUAAAUGUUUGUACCCUCACCUUCACCAAAAGAAUUAUCGAGGUUUGUAAAGAAAUCACCUCUGAACAUGUACUUGCAUAUAUGGAAGCCCAGAGGGGACUUUAUUACAUGGCAAUGUAAACUUGAAAAUGUCAUUUCAAAAUAGCAUUUAGUUUUACACAUGUACAUGUUAUUUGAGUAUCUUUGAGUAUUUUUGUUUUCAUUUUUACAUUUUGAAUGUUUUAUUUUUAUUUUUACAUACUAUUCGUAUAUUUUCCGUUGUAAGGUAGAAGAAGUCGUUUAAAAUUUACAGCCAUUUACAGCUAUAUGCUUUUUCUUUUACAAAAAGUUAGAAAACGGAAUUUCUAACAAAUGUUGCCUGCAUCAAUGGAAAAUUGGGUUACAUUGUUUAUAUUGGAUUUUAAUUUCCAAAUUUUAAUCAACAUUUGAAUAUUGUCUUUUGUAGAACUUUGAAAAUUAAAUAUCAAACAGCUUUUCCAUUUUAAUUUUUAUGUGAAAAUUAAAAUACAAAUUAGAUUAUUGAAUUUUCAUAAAUUUUUUUACUCAAAUAACAAGCACAUAUAGAAUAUUACAAUACGAUAUUGCAUGUAUAUCUUCAUUUUCAAAUUGACAUUAUAAUUUUAAUAAAGUCCCCUCUGAGUUUCCAUAUCCACAAACACACACCUCUGUUGAAUGCUGAAUCCAUGUCAUCGUUCCAUUUAAAAUGGCUCAGAAACGUUCUGCAGCUUGAUGAACUGUGCCAAAUCAUUGAAAACAUCUGUCCUCUCUUCUGACAUGUGUAUCAUUGAAUUAUGCUUGAAUGGAUGAAAAGACUUAUUAUCGACCCAAAAGGCAUCAAACCAUUCAUUUUACUUAAUUUUACACAGUUAUAAUAGCAAUACUACCCCCUUCUCUGUUGCUUUAGGCUUUGCAUUGGCUUAUAAAAACCCUUACACUUGUAACAACCUUCAGUGGUUACAAGUGCAUUGCAGCCACACACACACACACACAGACAAAACAUAACAUACAUGGAAAGAUAUAAGUGAAUUUCCAAUAAAUCUGACUGUAACAGAAUAAAUAUUUGUCUGUUUGUACAGUAAUGACAUCAGUGGUAUUACAGAUGAUGUAAACACCAUUUAUUUAUGUAAAAGAACUAUGAGGUAUCUCUUUGUCAAAGAGCAAACUUUUAUUGAUUAAUAAAGUUUUAUCCUGCUUAAUGUUUA